CUUACCUACGUACGUCUCUCCAUCAUGACGUCGUGAAUUAGCUGGAGAUUGUAUUGAGAGAGAAAAAAGGGAGGGAGUGUAAGGAUUCGGUGUUUCGUCGUAGAUGGGGAAGCGAUUGUAUAUAGUGCGUGUAUUUAUAUGUACAUUAUUCGUUUCUGACUUUUCACCAUACGAAAUUGAAGUAGAUAGACUGAUUAAUACGGUUGCUUUUGACAUUCAAUGUAUAGCCUAUGCAUGGGGACCGGAUUGCAUAUUUGUAGCCAUAAAAACAUAGCCAUACAAUACGUUGCAAAGAAGCACAUUUGACCAAAUAAUUCGACAUUUGGGUGUUCCCAAACGAGUCGCAACCGACGGACAUACGGUCAUCUUGAUUGAGCGCGUUGAAAGUAUUUAUUCAGAAAUGGCACAGCUAUUGUUUCUUAUAAUUCUGUAUGCUCUGCCAUCUCUUGUUGUGGCCAUGCAUAAUUCAACAACUGGAGGCUGUGCCAUCAUCCGUCCUCCCAGAGAUGGAGGCAUCCGCUACAGAGGCCUGACACAAGAACAGAUCCGCAAUGUGCAGAUCCUACCAGUGGACUACGAGAUAGAGUACAUCUGCAGGGGGAACAGGGUCAUAGUGGGCCCUAAGGUCAGGAAGUGCCUUCCCAACGGCACAUGGACCGACAUCACACUGCACAGCAGAUGUUUGCUGCUGUGCCCUCGUGUCUGGACGUCCCUGGAGAAUGGGAGGGUGGCGCUGAAGCCCCCUGGGCCACCUGUGGAGGGCACCGUGCUGCACUACAGCUGCCAUGCUGGCUUCAUGCUGGAGGGCAGGAACAUCACACACUGCACCAAGCUGGGCAAAUGGGACUCACCCAAACCUGUCUGCCUCUAUGACAGAAACUACAAAGGCAAGAAGAAACUCUACAUCGGAGCUCUCUUCCCCAUGAGCGGCGGUUGGCCGGGCGGCCAAGCAUGUCUCCCCUCUGCGCAGAUGGCUUUGGAUCUGGUGAACAACCGGACGGAUAUUCUGCCGGAUUACGAACUGGAGUUGAUAUACUAUGACAGUAUGUGUGACCCGGGUGAGUCCACCAAGUUGCUCUAUGAUCUGCUCUACACAGAGCCCAUCAAGACUGUCCUGAUGCCCGGCUGCAGCUCCGUAUCCACACUGGUAGCAGAGGCUGCUCGCAUGUGGAACCUCAUAGUGUUGUCCUAUGGCUCCAGCUCUCCAGCCUUGUCCAACAGGAACCGUUUCCCCACCUUCUUCCGCACCCACCCCUCGGCCACCCUCCACAACCCCACCAGGGUACGCCUCUUCCAGAAGUGGAAAUGGACCAAGAUCGCUACCAUCCAGCAGACCACAGAGGUCUUCACUUCGACUCUGGAUGAUCUGGAGCAGAGGGUGAAGGAGGCUGGGAUUGAGAUCAGUGUGAGACAGAGCUUCCUCACCGACCCGGCUGUCGCUGUCAAGAACCUCAAGCGUCAGGAUGCCAGAAUAAUUGUGGGGCUCUUUUAUGAGACGGAAGCCAGGAAAGUGUUUUGCGAGGUAUUUAAGGAGAAACUGUAUGGGAAGAAAUAUGUCUGGUUUCUGAUUGGCUGGUAUGCUGAUAACUGGUUCAAGAUCAAAGACCCGUCCAUCAACUGCACCAUCGAGAACAUGACAGAGGCGGUGGAGGGCCACGUUACCACGGAGAUCGUCAUGCUCAACCCCGAGACCGUCCGCGGAGCCUCUAACCUGACCUCUCAGGAGUUCCUGGGGGCGUUGAUGAACCGGCUCGGGGGUAAGAACCCGGAAGAGACGGGGGGCUUCCAGGAGGCCCCUCUGGCCUACGACGCUGUCUGGGCCCUGGCCCUGGCCCUCAACAAGACUGUGGCCCCUCUGAAGGCCAAAGGUCGCAGGCUGGAAGACUUCAACUAUAACAACCAUGACAUCACAGCAGAGAUCUACCGCGCCCUCAACACCAGCUCAUUUGAAGGCGUGUCUGGUCAUGUGGUGUUUGAUGCCCAGGGUUCCAGGAUGGCAAUGACCCUUAUUGAGCAACUGCAAGGAGGCAGUUACAAGAAGAUUGGAUACUACGACAGCUCUCAGAAGAAUCUCUCCUGGUUCGGCAACGACGUGUGGAUAGGUGCCGGGCCCCCGGCUGACUCGACAAUAGUCAUUGAGGAGUUUAGGUACCUGUCUCAGAAGCUGUUUGCUGCCGUGUCUGUCUUCGCUGGUCUGGGCAUCCUGCUGGGCAUCGUCUGUCUGACCUUCAACAUCUACAACAGCAACGUGCGGUACAUCCAGAACUCCCAGCCCUACCUGAACAACAUGACAGCAGUGGGUUGUAUGAUGGCCCUGGCUGCUGUGUUUCCCCUGGGGAUCGACGGACACCACAUCCACAGGUCCCAGUUCCCUGUGGUCUGUCAGUUCCGUCUGUGGCUGCUCGGCCUGGGCUUCAGUCUGGCCUAUGGCAGCAUGUUCACCAAGAUUUGGUGGGUACACAAUCUCUUCACAAAGAAGGAGGAGAAGAAGGAGAAGAGGAAGCACCUGGAGCCAUGGAAACUCUAUGCAACAGUUGGAGUGUUACUAGCCAUAGACGUCCUGUCACUCAUGAUUUGGCAGAUUGUGGAUCCAUUACACAUCACAGUAGAGAAGUUCACUAGGGAGGCCCCUAAAGGAGACUUGGAUGUCCUGAUUCAGCCCCUCCUGGAGCACUGCACUUCAGAGAAGAUGAACACAUGGCUCGGUGUAGUGUAUGGCUACAAGGGACUGCUGCUGUUGCUGGGGAUAUUUCUGGCCUACGAGACCAAGUCUGUUUCCACGGAGAAGAUCAAUGACCAUCGAGCCGUGGGGAUGGCUAUUUACAACGUGGCUGUGUUGUGCAUGAUCACGGCUCCCGUCACUAUGAUCCUCACAUCACAGCAGGAUGCUUCCUUUGCCUUUGCCGCUCUGGCCAUAGUGUUCUCUGUCUACAUCACCCUGGUGGUGCUCUUUGUGCCCAAGAUGCGCAGGCUGAUUACACGUGGUGAGUGGCAGUCAGAGCAGCAGGACACGCUGAAGACCGGCUCGUCCACCAACAACAACGAUGAGGAGAAGUCUCGCCAGCUGGAGAGAGAGAACCGUGAACUGCAGAAGAUCAUACAGGAGAAAGAGCAGAGGGUAUCGGAGCUCCGCAACCAGCUGGUUGAGAGACAGGCCCUGCGCAACCGACGACGGCCCUCAUCCGGCACCAACCAGAACCACAGCAACUCGUCCCCGCCCUCUUCCCAGCCAGACCCCAAGUCUCUCCUGCCCCCACCCGGUUACCCCAACCCCGCGUCGGACAAUCACUCCUCUUUACCCCCCUCCUUCUCCAACUCCUCCAACCUGUACCAGGCGGACAGCAAGAUUAGUCGCAACCACUGUCACAACAGCCAGAUCCCCCUGCUCUACAAGUGAAGAGGGCGGGGUGCUAGAAGAGCCCAGAGCGCACGGAGGAACGAACACACAUGGAGGCACUGUGACUUUCACUUGUUAUGGAAAAAGAGCACAAACUACUGAUAUUGACAGAGUGAGUGGAGGCACACGACAACAGAGGGCUUUUCCAUUCACUACAGGCUGCGGUGAGGCGAGUCACCCGGGGUAACACCAGUCUUUCUCACAGUCUUUCUCACUGUGGGAACCUGAAGCACUUGUGACUAGUAAUACGAGUUAUUGAAUAAGAGACAAGCACAUCCCAGAGUAACCCUCAGUCUACUUGUGGAGACAAAAAAUUGACAGAUCUCCCUUUUUCAUUCUUCUUCUUUCCUCCUUCCCUCUGUUUGUUUUCUCGUUCUGUUGUGCAGAUGUAUCUAGGAUCUCCGGGAGGACUUUGUGUACUGUGUGUGUGUUUGCUCCUUUUUGACUCCCGUCUCUGCCUAUUUGUCUUCGGUUUUUUGAAAUAGCGAAGCACAUGGUAAUUGAUUAAUAUUGUUAUUACAUAAUGUAUGAUAUGUUAUGUCAUGGAUUCAAUGUUGUGCCCUAUAUUUAGUUCAAUAUAUUAUUAUUAUUUUUUUUUUUGGGGGGGGGGGGUGGAAAUUGUUCAGAUGCAAUGAGAGUGGGGAAAAAACAGUUUCCCAGUGUAUUCAAUUGACUGGAUUUCAUAUCAAAACGCCAUCGAAACUCAAAGUGUAAAGUCAUCCCAACUGAAGGUGAAUUACCAACAUCAUUGCCAUAUACAGUAGAGGGUUUUGGAAUGGACAAACCCUCCUUUGGGGACAAUAGCAGGAUUUUUGUGGAUGUUUUGCUGUAUACAUAUUCAAGUACAGCUUUGUAUCUUCAAUCACAUGUUUGCUGUUGUAUCCGCUUGAAUAGAUGAAAUCCAUUUGAUAAGAAAACGGUGUCAUGUGAUGUGUAACCUAAUCCGUUUUCUAUGUACCAUCCUUUUGAACGUUUUCAAUUGGACUUGAAUGGAUAUGUUCCCGACAUUUAGAAUUUUCUUUGUCAAUAACUGUUUUUCCUUAAAGACAAUCUGAAUAUAAAUGUAAAUGUACAUGCCUGCCACCCGUUGGUCUUAUAUUUGACGUUUCUUCCGAAUUUCCCCACCCCGAUUUUAACUUUGUACAACCACGUUUGUGAACGUGACGACGAAGAAUAUAUGUAACGGUUUUGUUAAAGAUUCUGACAUGCGUCUACGACAGUUAAUAUAUACGUGCAAUCCCAUUCAUUAGCAAUUUGUCAAAAUGUAUGAAGCAAUGAUAUAACACAGCUUUGUCGGUAAGUAACGUUCGAGACGUUACUUUUCCAAAUAGCGUGAUCUCAUGUUGCACUAUAGUUCCAAACAAAGUUUCAGGUCGGGAUUUUGUUGCCGUUCUAAUGACAUACUGUAGCUCAGGGUUUAGGAAAGUGAGAUACACAACUUCUCCAUAGGAAGUUAUUGGAUGAAAUAGUCCAUAUGUAUUAACUGUACAUGGAGGACAUUGGGUAAUAUUGUAAUAUAUGUAUGCCGAAGAUUAUUUAGAGAAAUAUACUCUUGCACAUGUAUGAAUAUACACUAAGUGUACAACACACUAGGAACACCUUCCUAAUAUUGAGUUGUAGCCCCUUUUUUUUACCCUCAGAACAGCCUCAAUUGGCCGGGAAAUGGCCAUACAAGGUGUCGAAAGCGUUCCACAGGGAUGCUGGCCCAUGUUGACGCCAAUGCUUCUCACAGUUGUGUCAAGUUGGCUGGAUGUCCUUUGGGCAGCGGACAAUUCUUGAUACACACGGGGAAACUAUGGUGAAAAAUCCAGAGCGUUGCAGUUCUUGACACACUCAAACCGGUGCGCCUGGCACCUACUACCAUACCCCUGUUCAAAGACUCUGAAGUCUUUUGUCUUGCCCGUUCACCCUCUGACUGGCUCACACACACGGUCCAUGUCUCAGUUGUCUCAAGGCUUCAAAAUCCUUCUUUAACCUUUCUCCUCCCCUUCAUCAACACUGAUUGAAGUGGGUUUAACAGGUGACAUCAAUAAGGGAUCAUAGCUUUCACCUGGAUUCACUUGUUCAGUCAUGUCAUGGAAAGAGCAGGUGUUCCUAAUGUUUUGUACAUGCAGUGUAUAUAACUGGAUUUGAAGAUAUUUGUAUACACUAUAUUUACAAUUUUAAAUGUUGAUACAAUAUCAGAUUAUAUGCAUUCAAAUAUAUGGAUAAUCAUAGUUAAAUAAACCCAUUGUUUUUCACUGAA